AUGAAGCGCACAACAGACGAGAGGCCCUCAAUUGACGGCAAUGGCCUGCCAGAGUCUAAGAAGCGCGCCCUCUCCAGCGAGGAGGCCGGUGCGCGCUUCAGCGACGGCCUAUUUGAUCCCGCGAAGCAGAAGAAAUACACAGACGCAUACGCAAAGUCCUCUCCGUACUUGCACGGUGUUAUCUGCCCUUUGAUCGAACCUUCCCUACUUCGAUCCGUCCGCGACGAGGUUCAAGAGCAUCUAUCUUUCACCGAGAAGGAGACCGAUAUCUACAAGAUCUUCCAAUCUGGUGACCUGGCGAACUUGGAUGGUCUGGAUGACUCCUCCCUGUCUAGACUACCCUCUUUGCUGAAGCUUCGUGAUGCGAUGUACUCAGCGCGCUUCCGCGAGUACCUCUCCUCCAUCACUGGCUCUGGAAAGCUGAGCGGCAAGAAGACCGACAUGGCCAUUAACAUUUACACCGAGGGCUGCCAUCUCUUGUGCCACGACGAUGUCAUUGGUAGCCGCCGUGUGAGCUAUAUUCUCUACUUGACCGACCCCGAUACCCCGUGGCAGGAGGAGUGGGGUGGCGCUCUGCGCUUGUACCCAACAACGCCGAAGAAGGAUGCCGAGGGCGAGGAUGUCAAGAUUCCCAACCCGGAUUUCACCCUUUCUAUUCCUCCCGCCUUCAACCAGCUGAGUUUCUUCACCGUUCAGCCCGGUGAGAGCUUCCACGAUGUCGAGGAGGUCUACCAUCAUCGCGAAGGCGACGACAAGUCGAAGAAGCGCGUGCGCAUGGCCAUCAGCGGAUGGUUCCACAUUCCUCAAGAAGGGGAGGAUGGGUAUGAGGAAGGUCUCGAAGAGAAGCUGGCCGAGCGCAGCAGUCUUGCCCAGCUCCAGGGCCGCGGGGAUAUCUACGACCUGCCACAGCCGAACCCAGUGUCCUGGGAAGUGCCCGAGGUCUCGGGCAAAGGCAAGGGCAAGAUGGAGGUGCAGUCUGAGGGCAACGAGUUCACCGAGAAUGAUCUCGAGUUCUUGGUCCAGUAUCUGGCACCCUCAUAUCUGACUCCCGACAUUGCUGAGGAGAUGUCCGAAGCCUUUGAGAACGAGUCCUCGCUCAGUCUGGAGCGCUUCCUGAACGAGAAGUUCGCUUCUCGUGUGAGCGCAUACAUCGAGGACCAGGAGCGGCAGACCUUGCCCGCCUCAUCUGAGGAAAUCCAGGCUCAGACCGAAUGGACUGUGGCUCGGCCUCCCCACAAGCACCGUUAUCUAUACCAGGAGCCUGUGGAGAAUGACAUCAGCAACCCAAUCAAGGAGAUUCUGAACGUCCUUUUCCCCUCUCAGGCUUUCCGCAAAUGGCUUGCAUUGAUCACCGGUGUAGACCACCUCAAGAGCCACAACUUCCUGGCCCGUCGCUUCCGCCGUGGUGCUGAUUAUACUCUGGCGAGUGGCUAUGAUGGCGAGGAGCCACGACUGGAGUUCACCCUUUGCCUCACUCCCACAACGGGAUGGGAGAAGGAAGCAGAGGAGGACGAGGACGAGGACGAGGAAGAUGGCGAGAAUGGAGCUUCUGCGAAGGCCUCGAAGCCCACGAAGAAGACCACCGCCGAAGCUGCUGAGCACCCUUCAGUAGGUGGCUAUGAGAUCUACAUGGCAGGCGACGACGACGAGGAUGAGGAGGAGGAUGAGGAAAACGCAGACCAAGUCCUCCGACCCAAGAAGGCCAAAGCGGAUCCUGCCAUCUACCGCUCUGCCGGCGCAGACGAAGAUGACGGCAUCCUGUUCAGCACCCAGGCUGGCUGGAAUCGUCUCAGCAUUGUGCUACGUGAUAGUGGCACGCUGAAGUUUGUCAAGUAUGUCAGUGCCAAUGCUAAGGGUGAUCGGUGGGAUAUUACCGGUGACAUUGGUGUGGAGUUUGACGAUGAAGAUGAUGAAGAUGAUGAAGACGAUGAGGACGAUGAGGACGAUGAUAUGGGUGAUGAUGAGGAGGAGGAGUAG